AUGGGGUGGGGGUGGGGGGGGAUUUCCUUUUACCUUUUCUCUUCACGUGGUGUGAGGGUUUGGGAGUGGGCACUGGCGGGCGGGCGAGCUCGCUGGGAGGAACAGUUAUUGUGCCUACGGCCCGAGCUGACGCUCCUCACAGCCGCCACUUUCCUCGGACUCUCCGAAGUUGUGCCAUGUGCUGAGGGGCCGCGCUCUGCAGCUCCCCUGAAUUCGGCUCCCCGCCCGGCCCGGCCUGACAGAACGGAGAACGGCAGCGCGGCCCCACGCCCCCACACAAAGGCUUACGCCGCCGCCCGGCCGGUACGCAACUUUCCCUGCCCCGCGGCGAACAACGGCCGCCCGCCCCUCCCGCCUGACAGUGCCUUUCGCGCCGCUCCCCCGCAAAGUUUGCGGCCGGCCUCCUCGGGCCGGGAACGCCCGCCAGCCGCUGAGGGGCCGGGGGUAGGCGGGCGGCGAGGCGCGGGCCGGCCCCGCUGCGCGCCGUCCAACUUGGGGCGCCCCGUGACAGCCAUGUUGGGGUCAGCCCCCAGGCUCCCGCGAGGCUGGGCUCCGGGAGCGGGACGGAGCGCCCAGGGCACGGGCGGAGCAGAGCCCCGCGAACAAAGAACUUCUCGCCCCGCCGGAGCGGGGCGAGAGGAGAAAAGAAAAAGAGGGAGAAGCAGCCCCCGCCGCCCCGCGUCGGGACGACCUCCCGCCCCGUCCUGUCCCGUCCCCGCGCUAGCUCCGCACGGCCCGAGCCGAGAAGGAAAUAAAAACACCGCGCCGAGGAUUCACUUUUGCCCUGGCACUUCGAGCUGCCCUGAGCGACGGACUUCCAGGAAAGUUUCACCUAAGCUACCAGACUCCACAAAAUAGCGCUUUCGGGACAAAACAUUAGCGCAUGGCAGAGGUGAAAGCCUGCCUACCGGCCUCUCCGCGCCACCCUCCUCAGCUCCUCGUUGUCCCGCUCUGCUCCAUCCCUGCCUCUCAUGCACAGUAUGGUCCACAAACAGCAGCAACAGGGAGCCCAAAGAGCACAGAACUUACUGCUUUCUAUAUUUCCCGUUCUUCGGGAAACACUACAUCUUGACAAGACACCUUGCCUUCUCCCAGCUCUGCAGAUUGCUCCCCUGACAUUAGAGAAGUCUAAAAAAAACAUAAAUGAGCAUUAUUGCAGCCAGUUUCCAUCAAGUAUAAAGGCAGGGCUGGCUCUCAGGAAAAGUGUAUGUUUUUAAGUUGUUGCCAUCAGUGUCAAAUACUUCAUAUAUGCCUUUUUCAUAACCUGGCUUACAACAGAGCCAAGUAAAGAUUUGUUACUGAUGUCGAUGAUUCAACAAGGUACCAAAAGCUCAGGCUACCCCAAGCAGCUGACAGGUCCCACAAAAAUCAAUGGUACUUGAAGACAGGCCUGCUUGCUAUCUGAAAAUGAACAACCAGCCCUUGACACCACGCAUUUGAUAAAGCUUCCCUUGCCAUUGAAAACUUUCUGCAUCCUAUUGCAAAACAAAGCUGUAGGUGAGGGUUGGGACACCUCUGUUCACAGCUUUUUUAGAAACUGAGAGAAGGCAAUCUUAUCAGCGCCACCAGAUCUCUGAAUUUCCUCAGUGGCUUGUAUUUUUUUUCACCUGGAAAUCUCUGAGUGCAGAAGGGUAGCUUUGGAGAAGUGCUUGUAAUUUACAGAUGCCCCAAUUGCACCAGCCAUGCUGGGUACAUUCAUGCAUCUGUUUCUCAGUGCUGUAUGUACUCCUGACUUUUGGGACAGACACGCAGCUUAGAUGCUUUCAUGGCCAGGUACACAUUGUCAGACCUGCCAGGCUCCCAGGCACACCAGGGAGAUCCAGGCAGGUGCUGGCUUGCAGCAAAGAGGACCACAGUCUGGGAGCCAGCAAUUUCACAGCAUUCCAAUGGGCAAACCUGUCCCUGCCCCAAAUGAGCAGCACACAGUUGCCCAACCAAUGCUGCUGACAGGCACGGGGCUACACAGGAGGAGGCAUGUGCCACAACCAUUUCUGAACAAAAAUAUUAAGAGCUUAUAUUAUCCCACCUUUUUCAUCCUAUGUGACUUCCUUUUUGAUUCCUGAGAAUCAAACGUUUGUGAGCUGCCUUGUGAAAGUACGGUAAUAGUUACAUGGCACUGUGGUUGUUUUGGCCUACAUACAGCCGUAUGAACAGGACAGGAGGGGAGGGCUCAGCAUGUUUAGGUAAACCUCUGGAUCACUUUAAGAGUUAUGUGAUUCUUUCAAGUCAUAGAUCCCUUUUUUCUUUUUCUAUGUCUUGCCAAUUCCUUCAUAUUAUUGCAGACUUUUUUUUUCUCACACUAUUUUUUUUCAGUUUGUAUAACAAAAGCCUUCAAAAGUAACAGGGGAAAUUAACCUACAUUAAAAGUGCUACCUUAUAACAGAAACAAAUUAAUGGGGAAAAAUCUGUUUAUCUAACCAUUUAUCAUUCAGAAUUAAUAAUCUUAAGAUGUUAAUUUUGACAGUAGGUACAACAAAUGUUCAAACAGGCAUGAUUUUAAGUUGAGGAUGGCCCUUCAGAUUAGUAUUACUCUGACUUUUGAAAAAAAGAACUAUGGUUUCUUGGGAUCUUUGUCAUCUUCUUAUGCCAUAGAAGUAUAUUUCAUCCUUUUGAAAAAAAAUCUGAUUCACACUAGCUUAGUUCAAGGCACACGUUUCUGGUUUAAAUAAAUUCAAAAAAGCUUCAA